GUGUGUGUCCCCGUCGGCAUCGCCAUACCUGAUUUUCUUGGUUCAUCACUUCGAUGAAAUAAAAUUCAUUAAAACAAAAGAGAAAGGGAAAAAGAAGGAAGCAGAACGAGAAGAGGAAAAACAAACAAAAAAAAGCUCUCUUCUUUGAUCCCCAAUUCUUCUUCGGUGCCCGUCCUAUUAUCCUCCUCGCUAACACACACCAGUAAGAUGUAUGUGAGAGCAGUUCCUCCGACGGAUUUGAAUCGGAACACGGAGUGGUUCACCUAUCCAGGCGUCUGGACCACCUACAUCAUCAUCCUCUUCACAUCCUGGUUCAUGGUUCUCUGCCUCCUGGGUUGCUCUGCCGGCACCGCUUGGACCGUCGUCCAUCUCGCCCACUUUCUCGUCACCUACCACUUCUUUCACUGGAAGAAGGGGACUCCAUUUGCUGACGAUCAAGGUAUCUAUAAUGGGUUGACUUGGUGGGAGCAAAUUGAGAAUGGGAAGCAACUCACACGCAAUAGGAAGUUUCUGACCGUUGUGCCAGUUGUUCUGUAUCUAAUAGCAUCGCACACAACAGACUACCAAAAUCCAAUGCUGUUCUUCAACACGCUGGCCGUCUUUGUUCUGGUAGUCGCCAAGUUCCCUCACAUGCACAAAGUCCGCAUAUUCGGGAUCAAUGGGGAUUUCUGACUGCGAACUUUGAGAAGGCGGUUGAAACAUGGUUGGUUGUUCAUCGUGGAUCGCACCAUUCUGUGGAAUUCUCUCUUUAGUAAGUAGGUUGGUUGAACCAUCAUUUUGACAGCAGUUCAACGUAAUUGGGGGGAAUAGGCCCCCUGUACAGACACGAAUCGAAAAGAAGGAAGGAAAAAAAAAAGUACUGGAAAGGGUAAUGCCAUUUUUAUGCUCUUUUUUCUCUCUCGCUAGUAUGGAAGUGAAUAUGUACUAUACCCAUCAAGCAGAACUGGAUACGAAAUCCUGGGGUAGAAAAUGAAACAUUCUGUUCUAGAGACUUGAACUCCAUCUUCUCUGUAUACCUUGUGGGUGAUGAUGCUAAGACUGUUUGAUGUUUCGUUCACAUGAACAGAGAAUGUGGAGCACCAUUGAUGGCCUCCUGUCGGAUUUCACUUAUCAGAAUAGAGUUGCUAGGAUUAAUGAUUCUUUGUGAGUAGGAUGUUACGACGGAACGGAGACUGAUAGUAGUGGGGGAAAGUGGCGUGGCUUGGCGUGGUGUGAAUGAAUUAUUCU